AUGGCAGACGAUGCACAUUCAGUGGAAGAACAUAUUGAUGUUGACAUCACAAAGGGUCUAAAUGAACACUCCACAAAAUCGGUGAUGGUGUCUGGGGCCAUUCGAGGGAAUAAACGGGUGACGGAAAUGGUACCUCAAACCAGUAGGUCAAUGGCUUCUCCUCCAACCCCCUCGAAUAAUUCACGAACAGGCACCAAGGUUGCAGGCAGCGAUAGCCAGGCCGUCCAGGUUAAGAGUUCUAUGGACUUGAGGAACUUGACCUACCACAAUUGGUGCGCUAAAAGGGAUCAAAAAUGCACACAAGAAAAGCGCCAGCAAAAGGAGCGACUCGCGGCCCAGGAGGCGGAAGUGAAUAGACAGAAAGAAGAAAGAUUGAGGCAAAACCAACGAGUUUUCUCGAUGUGGAUGGCGAAGAAAAGGGAGCAAGAGGCAGCAAAACAAAAGCAACAACUGCAAGACGCGAAGCAGAAACAGGAGGAAGAAGAGAACAAACGCAAACACAAAGCAGAAGCAGCCAAGUGUCUUGUGGUCGCCAUGAUCACCCAUGGUAUUCUGUUGCAGGCUUUCGAGGCUUGGAAGACCACAAAAAGCAAACAAGUAGAACGGAGGAGCUCUGCUUGUGGAACCGAUCGAGGAACGACAGACGAGGAAAGAAAGCGGAAGUCGGAGAAAGAGGCUGAAGCAAAAGCGGCCUUCGAGGCAUGGCAGAGGCAAAAGAAUCAGAUGGCGGCAGAAGCGAAGCAGAAAGAAGCGCAAAAGGCGCGACUAGAAAAGCGAAAGAAGCUCGAAGAGGAAGCCAGGCGGAAAGAACGCGCGAAGGCUUCCUACGCUCAAUGGGAGGCCCAGAAGUCGAUCACUGUCUCCUCUGCUGAUCUUAACAACCACAGUUCAUUGCGAAUCGCCGGCACAUCAGACUUAACGACGCGACGACCAUUCGUGUACUGA